AUGAGUUCAUCCUCUUAUUUGAAGGUAUCCCCCACACCGAGCACGUCGGUCCAGGCUCCCUCUAACUCAAACAUCUCCCCUACGCCUAGCUCUUCCGACUGGACUGUCAUUAAAUCAGUAAAUGAUUUCGACACAGUCGAAGCUUUUGAGCAACACUUUUUCAGCUCGCUUUCUGGUAACAACCAGCCCUACCGUUUUGUUUUUACAGAAGUUCCUCACACUUGGGGGCGCCGCGUUUUUAAUGCGGUAGACGAUGAGACUUUUAGAGUCUGUCAAGCCUUCAAUCCGAGCGCUUUCGUUUUGAGUAUCAAAACGAUGCCAAGCUUUGUCCACAAUACAUAUCAGAGUUGGAUCAAGAUGUCCAACUCGCGUUGGGAGCGGAACAAUCUGCUGACCAUCGCCGAGAGUGAUCGCCUGAGUUUCGAAACCGGGACGACACUCAAGUUCGCCAACGGAUCAAUCAAGGAGCCCGAUCUUUUUUUUCAUGAUUCAAAAUGGGCCGCAGCUCCCCACUGUGGCCAUAGAAGUGGGCAAAAGGUUUGUACGCAAACCGAGACCAUUUCCCCUCGUCCAGCAAAUGGACAGAACCAGCAGGUAAUUCUUACUCGUGCUGAGAUUUUCGGACCGGACAUCUUCCCUGGAAGCUUCCCGGAUACGUCGUUUGACCUCCUCCUUGAUCAAUUGCGUGGUCUCGCAGUCGACCGACUCGCCAUUAUGACCGGAACCCCAGCUUAA